AUCAGCUCGUUCCGGGAAAUUUAAACAAAUUAUGUUGUAAUCUAACUGCCUUUAAAUUGAUAAAACUCGUAAAACAUAUACACAAUUUAAGCUAGAAUUUUCAGGGUAAUUAUUUUAUUUUGUAUUUAAUAAAGAUCUAGCGAAAUCCCGCUUUGAUAUACUAAUAAGUGAGCAAAGCAAUAUGUUUUCGCGACCCAGCAGUAUAUAGUUGCCGUAAUAAUAAAACGCCUCGUAGUAUUAUCCGUAGAUGGACGAAUUUUCUGAAAAUGUCAUGGAUAAUGAUGAAGACUGUGAUGUACCUGCAACACAAAUUAUUGAUGGUCAUAUACUGAAAGAUGUUGUGGCAUAUGCAGAGGUGCGGACUGGCAAUGACAACCGCUCGGAGUCUGUACGGCGGGAGCUUGAACAACUGGGGGCAACUGUGGUGCGGAAAUUUGAGGACAACGUGACCCAUGUUGUGUUUAAGGAAGGAAGUAAGAGGACCCUAAACAAGGCCACGAAAAAAGGCGUUCACCUAGUGUCUGUCCUUUGGGUGGAAAAUUGCAAGUUGAACCAGGAGAGGGUCUCAGAGAGGAUGUAUCCUGCAGUGGUUCCUCACCUGAAGGGGACGCCACUCCUCAUGACCAAACUCAAGAAGGCUAAGUCAAUGCAGCCUCUGGACUUUGAGGAGGAGCUGGCCAACAGCACGGAGCGCUUAAAGCGUAAACGUAAGAAGUUGGAGGCCAUCAGUAAGUACCUGUCCUCCCAGGACCAGACACCCUCCAGUGCACGGAGGUCAAACGUGCUCGUCAUGGACACCCAGCCCAGGUCAUCGGAGGAAGGGUUUGUGCUCACCCCUAUACGGCUCACUAUACCUGACACGCCCCCCAGUAUGAGAGAGAAGCUCAAGAAACUGAAACUGGCCAAACAAGUUGAAAGUGGGGCUAUGUUUGAAGCUGAUAUUGAUGCAGAGACAGAGGAGAGACAGGCCUACCUUAAACAGCUCCAGAAAAAUCUCUUCUUUGAAGAUCCAGUCAGAGAUAGUUCAAUUGAUAAAGAUAUCAUGCAGCUGGCUGAGAACAUCACCUCCACACUUAAUGACAGUAUUACAUCUAGUCCAGGCAGCUUUGAACACUCAAGUGGACACUCCAGGAACUCUCAGGAAAUAAACCGCGUCGCAAAGCCAAGAGUAGAUUAUAAUUUUAUGCAAUCAGAAAACCCAUUUUCAGACAAUAUUGUGAAACAUGGUAUAGGUAAGAAAAAAAGCAUUGACAAAAAUAUUGAAAGCAAUGAUGAUGAAGUUCUCACAAUUGUAAGAGAAAAAAUGACUACCAAUGCAAAUGGAGAAGAUAGAGCAGUAAAAGAUUUUUCAGAUAUUUCUCCCAUUAUCCCAAUAGCUGGUGAAGCGGGAAAUUAUUCUAAAGGGAGAAUGUCUAGUACACAAAUUGAUAAAAAAUCUGAACCACCCGUUAGCAUCGAGGGAAACGUGAGCAAAAGUGAAGCAGAAAGGCAUUGUAAUGCUUACAUGUCCUCAGAAUGUGCAGUUACUGAAUCAGCUGAACUUUCAAAGGAAAAGCUCAGGAGAGCACCUAGAAGAAAGUCAAUGAUGGAAACAAAAGACAAGUUACCAGAUUCACAUGCGAAGAUAAAAUCUAAAAAUAAACAGCAGUCUGUUGAAUUUGAUGAUAGUUUAGAACGUAAACAAAAUGAAACGGGGGUUGAUAAAGGUAAAAAUGAUAUAGAAAUCAUAGAAAUCCCUUCCAAGAUAAACAGAAGGCGGUCAACACGAAGAAUGUCCAUAAAACAGGUUGUUGAUGAAUUGGAUGAGACUAAUUUGGUAACAGCUAGUCAGGUUGAUAAUGUAGACCUUGAACCACAGAACAACAAAGUUGCACCAAAACCUGGUAAAAGCGAUGCAUCUAAAGACCACAAGGAUAUGUCAUCCAAAGCUGAUGAUAAACUGGAGGUUGACAUUAAUCAAACUCUAGAUGUUAAAACAAAAACAACAACUACUGGGAAAAGAUUGAUAAGCAAUAGAUCAAAAUCAUCUUCUGAUCUUACAUUGGAGACAACAAAGAAACCAAUUAAAGAAAGGCGAAGUAUAGCUGUUGUUAAUUCACAGAAAGUAAAUAAGGAUAUCGAAGCUCAUCUAACUGGGGGUCCUGAUGUGUCGAAACCUGGUAAAAAGACAAUGAAAAGAAAGUUGAUGUCUUUGACUGAUCUAAAUGAUCAGCAUUCAGUUCUGGUGGAGCCGACAAAGUGUUCAGAAGUUGAAAGGCCGCAGUUGGUGCCAAGUCAGGGAAAAAAGGGUGUUACCAAAAAUACAAAAAAUGAGACAAAAGACCUAAAUGCUAAACGAAUCAAUGUAAGUGAAGAUCUUGAGAGUGUUGCAAAUGGAAAAACCCAAGCAAAUAGGCAGUCUAAAGUUGUAUCUAACAAUAUUGUUGAUAAAAAAGGUAAGAAAUAUGAAGAAAAGACUGUUAGUAUUUCAAAAAAACAAAGAUAUACCAAAAGUAUGGAUGAUGUUGACUAUGGGUCUGCGAAAGGAGCAAAAAGCACAAAUCCCCCAAGGGAAAACACCUCGAAAAAAAAGAAAACUCUUGUUAAUGAUACCUACAUUGAGGGUGAUACAACUUCUUGUGAAAGGAAUAUUCUCAAACCUAGUCAGAUAACACAAAUUCAGGACAUUACAACACAGUUGAAUCUCACGAAGGAGAAUAGUCUUGUUUGUUCAAUCCGUGAGACAACACUGUCUAUGUCCAUGUCACGCGCCUAUACUGACUCUAACAUGCCCUCUGUCCUUCAGCCGGGUCGUAAAAGCGUUAAUGAAUUUAAUUUAACGAAAGAAAGGACGAAAACCAAGGGAAGAAAACAGAGUGCCUCUAAAACUGCCUCUGAGUCUGGGUCAAACCAGACUUCCUCGGAAUCAGACUCUAGUGGGAGAAGGGGCAAACUAAACAGUUCUGGCAGCAGAAAAAAUAUACGACCUUCCAUUGUUAUGACAAGUCUACAUUCACAUGAGCAAGAUGUGGUGAUAUCAGUGGUCAAGAAGCUUGGAGGGUUUGUCAUCUCUGAGAACGUCAACGAGACAACCACCCAUGUGAUCUGCGGGCAGCCGCGUAGAACACUCAAUGUGCUGCAGUGUCUGGCUAGAGGGAUAUGGCUUGUCACCAAGGAAUGGGUGUUGAGGUCACUGGAUAAAAGCUGCUGGAUAGCGGAGGAGGAAUUUGAGGCCCAUCAAUUCUUUCCAACUUGCAAGGUGUCUCGUCUAGAGCGAGAGAGGACGUCUGAGUUCUAUCGGCAGACGUUAUUCUCCAGCACGGGCCAGGUGUACAUAUCUGGGCGGGCCUCUCCUCCCAGGCAGCAACUGGUACAGCUGAUCAAGCUUUGUGGAGGACAGGUGACGGGACAAAGGGACAAAGCCAACCUGUAUGUGGGUGGUGACUUUCAUCCGGGUCUAACCUGUGUCAAGACAAGCUGGAUAUUAGACUGUAUCACUGCUCACAAGUUACUGCCCUUGGACCAGUACGCCCUUGACAGACCUAAACGGGAAAGCAGUCCGGUUUACUGAGAUUUGACUGUAACAAACAGACUGCAAUGCCAUCUGACUCGAAAAAAUGUUUAAAGUUAUUUCCCUUUUAUUAAUAUGCACUCUACAUACCCAAGUUACACGAGUCAGAAUACUAGCUUUGGUGUGACCUUAACAGAUUUUAUUCAGUGAAACUUUGUUGAAACAGGUAUUUUAUACUUCUGACAAAUGAAGUGUACAUGAGCAUCUUUCAUACAUGGAGUGUAAUGUAUUACACAGUGUACUAUACAUGCUAGGUGCAAAUUAAAAAAAUGUAUUCUCUAACAUUUUAAGAUUGGCUAUUGCUAAAAUCAGACUGCAGCAUGCUUUUCAUACAUUUUAGCCUUGAACUGAGAAAACUAGGCUUAAUGCAUGUGCGUAAAGUGUAGUCCCAGAU